GACUGUACGCCACAGCAGCAGACCAGGCGCGGGGCAGACACUAGUGCAGCAUCGGCAGCAUCUACACUGUUUCCGGAGGACGGCUGAGCUUUAGUUCCUACGGGUCCCUUAUACUGUUCUUCAGAGCCCCCCCCCUCCCUUCUCAACAGUGGCCGUGGGAGUGCGUACGUGAAAAAAAAAAAAAAAAAUCCACAUUAAUUGUUUUGUGGAAGAGAAGCAACAAAAAGCAUCCCAGUCUGCGGGGUCGUGAAGUCAGUUCUUUCCAGAGACGCACAAAAGACGCACAAACCAAGUCCACCUGGAUAAGCUGACAAAGCCGUCCGGUCCGGCUCGUGAGUCCAGUGGGGGAGACACGGAGACAAGAAAUUAGCGUGGAAGAAAAGUGCAAAAGGACACAAGACAGGAUGAAUAUCAAGAGCAAUUUGAUUUUCACCCUCUACACUAUUUAUGGGAUUCUUCUGAAAGUGAUGGCUUCAAAAGGCAAAGUUCGAGGCCUCAGUGGUCAGUACCCUCUGGUCCAGAAUAUGACGGUGACAGAGGGUGGGACGGUAAACAUGACCUGCCGUGUGGAGUACAAUGACAACACCUCCCUCCAGUGGUCAAACCCAGCACAGCAGACACUCUUCUUCGGGGACAAGAAAGCCUUGAGGGACAACCGGAUCGAGUUGGUACGUGCAUCGUGGACAGAGUUGACCAUCAGCAUCAGUGACAUCACAAUUUCCGAUGAAGGCAUGUACACCUGCUCACUCUUCACCAUGCCUGUCAGAACGGCCAAAGCCUACCUGACUGUUCUAGGUGUGCCAGAGAAGCCGGAGAUCGAUGGCCUGACAAAGCCAGCUUUGGAGGGAGACCAGAUCACCCUGACCUGCAUCACUCAGGGUAGCAAGCCCGCCGCCGACCUGCGCUGGUUCAGGAAUGAAAAGGAGGUCAAAGGUGCCAAGGAGGUGAAUCCAAGUGGGAAGACAUUUACAGUACGGAGCUCUCUGCAGCUGCACGUGGAUAGAAAUGAUGAUGGAGUGGCCUACACCUGCAGAGUGGACCAUGUGGCACUCGCACAGUCACCACAGCUGGCCACCGAAGUACUGGAGGUCCACUAUGCCCCUCGUGUGGAGAUCAUCCACUCCCUUGCUGUCCCUCAGGAGGGCCAGAACUUGAAACUGGAGUGUGUGUCCAAAGGAAACCCUUCGCCAGAUCCUGUGAUGUGGACAAAGGACGGAGGUGAACUUCCUGACCUGGACAGGAUGAUUGUAGACGGGAGGGAACUCACCUUCACUUCACUCAACAAGACAGACAAUGGCACCUACCGCUGUGAAGCCAGCAACCACCUAGGGACCAGCAGUGCUGAAUAUGUGCUUUACGUCUAUGACGCACCCACUACCCCACCUCCAUCCACCACUGCCCCCCUACAUCCCAUUCCUCCAGAUUCUACUGCACUAUUAGGCACCCACGCCUCAGACCCCACAGUCACUGGCAACGGAGAUCCCAACGCUCUGGGGCAGCACGGCACUGACCAUGCCUUGAUCGGAGGAGUGGUGGCUGUAGUGGUCUUUGUCACCUUGUGUUUAAUCAUUGUUCUGGGAAGAUACCUGGCCAGGCAUAAAGGAACAUACUUGACAAACGAGGCCAAAGGAGCGGACGAUGCGCCCGACGCCGACACAGCCAUUAUCAACGCUGAGGGCAACCACGCGCACGCAGAGGAAAAGAAAGAAUACUUCAUUUAGACUGCAGAGGGAGCUGUGCGGCUCUCUCCCUCUCCUUUUCUGUCUUUUGAUCUCUGUAUCUCUUCUCUCUCUUUCUUUUCCCUUUUCUUCUCCGCCUCCGACCACUGCCCCUGUUGUGUCGACGAAGAAACCACAGGCGGUCCACAGACAGAGAAGUUCCCCAAGUGUUUUCAUAUUACUGCCUUUUGUUUAGGCCAUUUCCAUCAUUUACGCGAUGUCCUUUAUUUCAUCGUUUUUUCCCCUUUUCCUUCUUCUUAGCGGUUGGUUUUUACAGGCAGCUUGCCAUUGCUGCAGAAUUUGUCCCCGCACCCAUUUUAUUUCCCAUCUCCAACAUGAAUAUCUGGAAAUCUGUAUAUCUACCAUGACUGCUUUUUACAUGGCCUCCUUGUUCAUCUCUCUUCUGCUCCCCCCUUCCAACUAGAUACCCAAACACACCUUUGUUCACACAUGUCCACAAACACAUAUCAUAUCUCACAUCAACACGGUGCCUAAAAAUACAGACGCCAUUGAAAUUCUGUCAAUGCCUUCAUGUAUCGUCUGUCAGUAGCAAUGUAAAUGCUUUGUAGGUGGUUACCUUGACCAUCGUUUCAUUGCUUUAGCUCACAGCUUUUGAUUAUGCAUUGCGUCUUUUUUUAAUUAUUAUUAUUUGAAUGAAGAUCUGUGGUGUUUACGCCUUAUACAUGUACAUGUCUAUCACACUGAAUAUGGUACUUUUAGAUGAUCCACCUCCCCAACCCCCUCCUCUAAAUAGACUUGUAAUUAAACAGUUGACCCUUGUAAGAUAAGAAGAAGGUUUUGUGUAACACUGUAGCAAGGUUUGUCAGAUAAGUGUAUAAUAUGAUUUUCAUUCUAGGGUAGGGGUAAAGGGUAGUGUGGUAUUGUGUAGAGCAGAGAAUACACACCAAAAAUAUAUGAAAGAUGCUAGAUUAAGCAUUCCAUCAAAUACACUCAAUCAAAUAUAUAAAACCAUUUGCUAAAUCUGCUGUCCAUAUGUACUUUUGUCUGUAUAUUCCUGCACUGUCCAGGCUGCAGUUUAGCAAAAUGCCAACACCUUCAGUGUCCUCUUGACAGCUUACAGUAGUUUGUUAUUCACAUAAAAGGGUUCAGGUGUACAGAAAGAGUCAAUCACCUCUCUUUAGAGCUGUAUAAAUUGUAUUGAAAUUAGUUUAGCUUUUCACUUUGAAUAAUUUCAUUAAUGUCAUCUCUUUGACAACAUUUAAGGCUUGAGAACCCCAUGAAAUGUAAAAAUGAAUGUUGUGAGGAGGAGGAGGAAGAGGAGUUAAAAUAUGAUACAGGAUUAUUACUAUUUUUUUUUUUUUUCUUUUUUUUUUCAGGAAAAUAAAUAAUAUUUUAAUUGAUGCCUCUUGGUAUCACAAGGUCAAGGCAGCUUUCCACUGUAAACUAAAGUUACUUAACUGUCCUGGAUCAUCGGUGAGCAUUUAUUCGUAACAUCAUUUUGCUGCAAAAGGUGAUGCCUUCUGUUUGUAAAUGCAUCAUUUUGUUUUUUUUUUAAUUUCAGACUCCAAUUUUUAUCUCAUAACCACUUUUUACAAUUUAGUUAGAUAUUGGAUAUUGGUUUAAUUUCUUUUUCUGCAGAGCUGCUCUCUGUGAACCUAACUUUUAGUUUGAUUUCAUGGGGUUUUCAAGCACAAAAAGGAAAAAAAGAACAAAAAACUGAACAAAAAAAAAUGAAUAAAAAUUACGUGUGAGUGCUGGGUCAUAGAUCUGCAGGGGCCUCCUUCCCAAUUCUAAGAACUGAAGAUAAACAGAGAAGCACAAAAAUGUCUGAAUGAGUAACUGUAUUCCUUUGCCAACAACUAGAUUGCCUUGAGAAUGGUUGUUCAAUUCCAAUGGGUGAUGGAGGGAUGACAAGGCUGUCUUUGAUUCAAUCCUGGAAAAAUACAGUGCAUCUUUUUGAAAAUGUGAGCUAAAUCAUGGUUUUUAUAUAUUAAAAAAAAAUCUUAUAUUUUUUGGUUUAAAUGGUUCUAAACUCCCUGCUGUAUAUUGUGUCUGCUAAAAUGUGGUUAUUGUGAAAAUUACUGUUUGAAAAUUCUGGGUUCCCGUACUUCUUAAAAUUCUUCUUGAAAUUUGUAUAUUAGCCACCUUAUCUAUUUUACAUUUAUCAUUUGCCAUUGCAUUAGACAACUUUCAAAGAAAUAUAUUUUAUUUUGGCACAGGGCAUGUAUAUAAAGUGUGUGAGGUAAACUUUGGUAAUACACAUUAGCAUGGUUUUUCUUUGGUUCGUUUUCGUUUAUUAAUUUAUUUGAACAAAAAUUACUUACUAGGAACCCACAAUGAAAGUAUAUUUGUGAGCUAAUUUUGAGGCGCGAUGGCUUUUUGUGUUUGUGACAUGCUCUUAGUGCUACAGAUCUGAUGGAAAAAGAAAAUAUCAACAAAAAAAAAAAGAAAGAAAGAAAAGACAAGUUGGGAAAAAUAGCGUUUUAAUGUGUUUUCAUUGGCUUUUUGUCUGGCAAGAAAGUAAAAAAUAUCCAUGUGUUUUUAUGAAAUUCUGACAAAGUAUUACCUUCAUGUGGGGCAAUGUAUCACACACCACGUCAAAUAUGUAACAUUUCCUUGAAAUAAACUUCUGUUUCUUUUGCUAUAUCCAUUUUAGUCAUCUUAUAUCAGUUUGGAGGAAUUUGGUUGAUUUACGUAUCUCCUGUGAAAGAGCGAUAAGCACUGUGGCCUCUGUAAUUCAAGACUUAAAGGCAAGGCACUAAUCUGUUAAGAGGGAACAAAUUAUUACCAAGGGCAAUAAAAAAAUAGGGCCCAUCUGUCUCCAAUUCAGUGGCCAAUUUACAACAUUAUGCAAAUAAGUUACAAAUAAGUUCUAACUCAAGCACUGCUGGGGUAAAUCACAAGCUGGGAAACAUUAGAUCUAUUGCCUAAAUUGUAGUGUGUCACCACUGACAUAGUGUUUAGUUACAUAUAACACUUUCAUCACAUAAUUAUUAGUUGGAAAUUGCAAAAGCUGUGCCAGUUUCCAUAUUUUACUUUCAGUGCACUUAAAUCAAUCCACCACUUUUUACUGAUGAAACUUCAGCUCCACAAUGAACCUUCAAUAGAUUCGACGAAACAUUUUCUAGACCGGCUCCUUAUAUCUGUCACGUUUUAUGUAUAGAGUUAUGUACAACUGUUUCACAAUGAUGUAAUGUCUUUUAUAUAGUUUUUUUUAUAUAUAUAAUUAUUUUCAUUGUGUCUUAAAUCAGUGACGUUGUCAAGUUUUUGUUGCUUUACAUCUGUCUUCAUGUUAAAAAAAAGUAAAAGGACAAAUGGAUUUGAUUCACUAAAGUCAGAGAAACAGGCUGUUUUAUAUUAUGAUGUGUGCACUCAUAUUAACCAGGUCUGCAGUGAUGAGUUGAAUUAGACCGAACAGGUGCCAUUUCCUGAAUUAUGCACUCUGACUAAUCUGAUGGGUAUUUCUUAGUAAAUGGUGAAAUUUCUGUGUGUGAUUUUUUCUUUUUAUGAUUUCUUGUGUUUUAUUUGUUUGUUUUUUUUAAUGAAAACCACAUGUAAAUAUUUGUUUUGACAUGAAAAUAAUGAGCUAAUUUCUUGCAAAUGGCUUUUUAUAAUAGUUAGACCAAACCUGAAUCUUUUUUUAAUGUGUUAUAUCAACAGCUUGGCACAUACCAUCAUGCACUAUUUUACCAUGAUAGAAUCAAUUGUAGCUCUGUUACAUCUCUGGGUUUGUUAUUAGUUGUAUUUCUUUGUUCUUGUGCGGUUGAAACUAAGCUUUAAACCUGUUGCCUAUUGCUUUUUCGACAUAUACCACCAUAUCGUGGGCCUCUAAUUUCAUGCUGGUGGCGGGACAGUAACAGUGCUAACUUCGUCGCAGUGUAAUUUUCAUUGGGCAAAAAUCCUUUUUUUUUUUUUUUCAGCUUAAUUUCCUGGCUUUCAAACAAACCUGCUUUCUUUGAGUAAAGGUGGGAUUGGUGCAGCCGCGGUUGUGUCUUUAUGCAGAUCAGGCAGCGCAGUGCAAUACUGGCGUUCAUUUUGGCAUGAAAUUGUCCAAUUUUGUGAACAAUUUUCAUGUUGGCAGAGGCACAUACAGGCUGAUAUAAAAUCACAAAAAAAUUUGUGUAGGCAGAGUUUUUCCUCUAUAACUUGGGAAUAUGAAUAUAAAUGCACAAAAAUAUUGUCUGUAUUGCAGUUUAACUGGUUUGUGAUAACUUAGUUCAAUGGGCGAUCAUUUCCUGCUUAUAGAUUGUACAAUCCCUACGUUUCUGCUGCAGUCAUCACACAGCAGCAGGAUUUAUAAUCACUUUCUAUCUUUUAUAGACAACAGACAGUAUAUUGAUAAAAAAAAAAAACAUCAUCUAAAGAUGUUAUCUAUACUAUCUGCUAAAACAAUUAUAAUUCAUAUCAUUACACAGACAGGUUUUGGGAGCUUUAUAGUGAUAUUUGAGGUCUGUUUAUUUGUGCCUUGCAGCUGUGCAGCAUCGGUUUUCUCCCUGGAGAAGCCACCUGAACUUUCUCUUUAGCCUGUGCUUUAAGGGGAAGGAAUAAGCUGAUUUAUUGGUCAUUAUCAAAGCUUACCUAAGCUCAAACUGCUGCCGUCAUGCACCACGAUCACCUGUGGUCACAAAAAAUCAUAUGGGCAACAAUUGGCCCCAAAUACAUUAUCACAAAUUCACUUGCACCCAGUUUAAAGAUGUUAGAGGCCCAUAAAACCACAGAUAUCAACUCUAAAUCCCCGCUUAAAAAGGGGUAAAUAUAAAUAUAAUGGCAACUUUCCUAAAUGAUUUGUCCAUACUUGCUACUUUUCUUUUACUGCUUUUUAUUUUAAAUCAUGUUUUUUGUGUGUGUGUGUUUUAGUUCAGAACAGCAGCAGUAAUAGCAUGACAUGGCCGGUUUCAGUCCAAUCUCUCCUCCUCUGGCCCUCAUUGUAUCUUUGCUGUACAGAUUGGCUGUAGUACACCUCUUCGUCUGCAAUAUUGACACUAGAAUCGGCCCAGUCUUCGUACUGUCACACUGAUGACUAUAACAUGUAACACAAUCGCAUGUAGUGUUGUUUUUUUGGGGUUUUUUUAUGAUUUGUUGUUGCUUUUGUUCCAUUAUAACUUUUCUUUUGCAUCUCAGGAAUAUAUUUCUUUUAGAAAUUUUGUUUAGUUUUGUCUUAAAAUGGGGACUUUUAAGCACCUCCCACUCUGCUAGUCCCUGUACGCUGACACCAUGUAUUUGUUGAGUUUAAGAUUAUCACAAAUGUUAAUAAAAUUAUUCAGUGAUUCUUCAGUUAUUCUGUCAUGUCGCUAUCAUUGGGAAGAAACUGUUUUCUGCUUUGAUCACUGACUUGAAAUACUGAAAUUUAGAAAUAUGCUGCAAAUAAUGAGUUUGAAGAGUGGUAGAAAUAAUGUUUAAACACCUUGUUAACUCAUUCUCGGUUAAUGGUAUGUAAGCGAUUUAAUGCUUUUGUCCUCGUCAUUUUCCUCGUAGCAACACACAUUUUUAUGUACUGUAGGCUACAUCAGUCUGUAGAUGGAAGGAACUGUAACAUUAUCAGUCACUAAAUAAAAAUAUCCACAGUAAAGCUCAGCAAGAUCAGGAUUAGUGCCACACACAUUAGUUCAGCUUCUGAUGUACCUUGAUGAGUUACUGAAAUAAGGGGUUUCAUAUCAAGCUGUACUGAGAGGACUUGAUUCGAUAUAGCACCGUAAUGGAGGAGUUUUUGUCCCAUUGUCUGUGGGAUUUAUUAUAUUUAAUUUAGAGGUUCAUUCUCAUGUAUGAAAUGAAAUUGUUGAAUAAAUAGUUGCCUAAA